AUGUUACGAGCUGUUAAUCAAAAUAAUGCAACAACACAAUUCGUCCCGCUCAAAAGCAUAAAUAUUCAUGGUAAAGUUCGUUUAUUUGCAGCUGAUGUGACAAUUACGCAGGUAUUUCGUAAUGAUGAGCCAACAUCAAUCGAAGCUGUUUAUUGCUUUCCAAUCGAAGAACAAGCAGCAAUCUAUGGAUUCGUGGCUCAAAUUGAUGAACGAAAUAUUGUUGCUGAACUGAAAGAGAAGAAAGAAGCACAACAAGCUUAUACGCAAGCAUUACAACAAGGUCAUGGAGCAUAUCUCAUGGAACAAGACGAAAAAUCACAAGAUAAUUUCAUCAUCAACGUUGGUGCAUUGCCACCGUCGAAAGAAUGUACAAUAACAAUUUCGUAUGUUACUGAACUGGAACUUGUUCAAGGUUCCAUCAUUCGAUUCGUAGUUCCGACGACAAUUGCACCACGUUACAAUCCUGAUAAGCAUGGAAUAGCAUCACCAGCAGGCACGACUACCAAGUACGUACAAACAAGUCCGUAUACGAUUGAAUUCUGCUGUCAAGUAGAAAACUUGGGUGGUUCGCAGAUUGCACGCAUAAAUUCAUCAUCGCAUCCGAUUGAAAUAGAUCUUGCACAACGAGAUUCCUACACAGUGAAAUUAGCUCAGAACAAUACACAUCUAGAUCGAGAUAUUCUCAUCAGUAUUGAACUUGCUGAAAAACAUGAUAAUUUAAUUGCAACCAUUGAGCCUGGUGCCGUCAUGGCUACUUUUAUGCCUACAGAAGAUGAUUGUCAGCGUGUAACUAAAUGUGGUCACCAAACAAAUGAGUUUAUCUUCGUGGUAGACUGUAGUGGAUCGAUGAGAGAUGAAAGCAAGAUUGAACUAGCUCGACAAGCCAUAUUGCUCUUUCUAAAAAGUUUACCGAUGGACUGUCAUUUCAAUAUUAUUCGUUUUGGAUCAAGCUAUGCAGCUCUUUUCAAUGAUAUUUCUGUGAUUUACAAUGAAGAAAAUGCUCGAAAAGCUGAAGCACUCGUUAAGACUAUGCAAGCAGAUUUAGGUGGCACUGAACUAUUAGAACCUCUCAAAUGGCUGGAAAAAUAUUCACCAACUCAAGGACGAUCUAGACAAAUCUUUCUUCUUACUGAUGGUGAAAUUUCCAAUGUGACCGAAGUACUCGAUCUAUGUCGUUCGAUGGCUUCAUCAAGCCGAAUUUUCUCGUUUGGUUUGGGCCAUUCACCUAGUCGUUCGCUAGUGAAAGGUCUUGCUCGAGCAACAAAUGGUCGAUUCGUUUUUAUUCCUCCAAAUACCACAGUCGACGUCCACGUUGGAGAACAAUUACGAAAAGCUCUUCAGCAAUGCAUCACUAAUGUAAAAGUGAUCUGGAAUCUUGGUACAGCAGGUAUAGAAACAGCACCAACUCAAUUGCCGCCAGUCUAUGCUCAAGAUCGUUUAAUUGUCUAUGGUCUCUUCGAUGAUCAAUCGAAUGCAUUCGAUCACAAUUCUUCGGUUGAACUUAAAGUUGAUCAACAACAGUUGAGUGUCGCAAAAAUCAAUCGAAUACCUAGCAUCAGCGAGAAUGGCAUGAUUGCACGUCUUGCAGCAAAAGCACUCAUUUUGGAAUUGCAACAUGCUAAAAGAAAGACAAUUGGCAGUCAACAAUCACGCUUUCAAACACUUAUCGAUGAACCAAACAACGCAACAAUAUUGGAUGUAAAAGAAAAUGAAAAGAAGCGUAUUAUUGAAUUGUCACUGAAACACAAUAUUUUAAGUCCACAUACAGCUUUCAUCGGUAUCGAAAAACGAAUAGAUGGAAAUAAUACAAAUAUGGUGCUUCGAGAAGUACCGAUCCAAAUAUCGGCUGAUGACCAAAUAUUAACAUCGAGCCCACAAAUGCGCAUCAAUGCAGCUAGGUGUUUAUCGCCAUCAUAUACUCCCUAUGCAGGGCCCUUUUACGUUUGUCGUCGUAGUAGUGGAGGUCGUGGUGGUCGUGGUGAUAUUUCUACCUUAUAUUCACGAAUGUAUGACCCCAAAAGCAGGCUGCUUUAUACGGAUUCUAUGCAGCCACAACAGCAGCAAUGCACUUCAAUGCCCCGAUCGUCUUGCAUGGUGUCAUUCUGCUCCAACUCGUUUCAGGCAUCAAAUUUAAUGGGAGAACGCCAGAGAAUGCAGUCGAGAUCAAGGUCUCGCUCGCCACCACAGUGUGAUGAGAUGUCUAGCCAGCGCAGUCGCAAGCAAUCUAGUCAUGUUAAAAUACCAUCAGAGACCUUAGAAUGGCCGACGAACAAUCAGGACAUUGUUCGUCACUUGAUCGAUAUACAAGACUUCAAUGGUCUUUGGUACCUGGAUGCUGAAUCCAUUCGCCAUUUAACAGGCAAAGUUCUAGCUGAUUUUGAAUCGAUACAUACUGAUGUAUCAGUACUCACAUCGGCGAUCGUUCUUAUUCUACUAGAAACCCGUUUUGGUGCAUUUGCAUCUAUGUGGCAUGGUGUCGCACAGAAGGCUCGCACGAUUAUCAUUGAAAAACUUGGCAAAGAUCCGAAAAAUCUCGAUACUUUACUUGAAAGCAUUCGAAAAAAACUGUAA